GGAAUAAGUCGAUGUACGACUUGUUUCAACCCUACAAUUCGUUGUUUUUACCAGGGCUGGUGACUAGAGACGUAGUACAAGCGACAGGUGAAACUUCUUCCCACAAUUCAGUAAUCUGACACGUCGCCAUAUUUGUUUUGAUGCAGUCAGGGGGAAACGUGUCACCUAGGGCCUAUAGUUGGUGAUUCUUCGUUGCAGAUGUUUGCAUCGUCAAAUACAACAAUGACACGAAAUUCAGGAGCUGUGAAAACCGUUGCCAUAUCUCUUAUAUUGCUAGGGUGGCUGUAUACGAUGUACAAAUAUCAUGGAGUUUCUGAGAAACUUGAAAACUCCAGACAAAUAUGUGACAGGAUACGUAAAGAACAAGAGAAACUAUCAAGCAAGUUACAAGACACACUGACUGAGGCAGAGGACCAUCGCCAAGGAUUUGAAAGAGAAAAGAAAGAAUAUGAUAGCAGACUUAGUUCUCUACAACAGCAGCAUAAAUUGUUGAAGGCCCAGCAUCAGGACCUGGAGUCAGAAUUAACCAAGGUACAGGAUGAGAAAGUAAAAGAUGCUGAAGAUCAUAAGUUACAAGAUGAACAGAGAAACCAGGAAUAUGAACGAUUCAAGCAUGAAAAGGAAUUAGAAAUCUCCAGUCUGAAAGAUGAGCUAGCAAAUUUGAAAAGAGACAAAAGUAACCUUGAAGAAAAAUUAAGUGCUCUGAAUUUGAAGUUGAAGAAUUCACAGCAAAAGUUCGAAGUUCAGCUUCAAGAAGCUCAGCAAAGAGUGCUGCAAUUGCAACAGGCUGUUCAACAGAACCAACAGGCAAACCAACAAAAUGUGGCCAAUCAGGGACUAGGUCAACCAGUUAAUCCAGCCAAUCAGGGACAAGGUCAACCCGUUAAUUCAGCCAAUCAGGGACCAGUUCAACCAGUUAAUUCAGCCAAUCAGGGACUAGGUCAAAAUGUUAAUUUACCCAAUCAGGGAUUUGGAGCAGGCCAUGUGCAACAGAACCAGAAUAUUAAUGAGUAUGGCCGGAACCCUCUUAACAAUCAGAAUCUGCACCCAGAUAACCGAGCGAUGGAUGACACACUAAAGUUUAUAGGCCAACAGGCUUUGGGUCAGCAGCCAGGUGGAAACCAACAGCAGCAGCAAGCCGAAGUCCAUACAAUGAAUGCUGAGGAGAAAGCGAAACUGAUAGAUCAAAACCAACAGCAGCACCAGGUACACCCGCCCAACGUGGAGAACCAGCCUCAGCACGAGAAGGUUCAGGAAAGCACAGGGAGCCCAAUAAACAAGACAGCAUUGGAACACCGCAAAGAUCUGGAGGAACAUCCAAAUAUCCGACCUCCGGAAGUUCAGGGUGCUGAGGAAAUUAAAUAUGGGGAACAUAAAAAAGAGGAGAAGCCAUCUGACAGUGCGAAUGUGAAACCAAAUUUAGCAGAACCUGUUUUACAAGUGGCACCCCCUAACGAAAAUAUUGCCAAAUCAGGAAAUUUGGUUCAGGGUUUAAAUGUUCAGCCACCAGGGGGCGCCGAUGGGAAGAAUAAUGUGGAAUCUCAGAAAGAACAGAUUAUUCUGCCCCCUAAAGUGUGAUUAAGGGAAAUUGUUAUGUUAAUUUGUGAAAUGUGUGAGGGAUGUUAUAAUCUAUAUAUAGUUCAAUUUUUACUUAAUGUUGAAAUUAGAAAUGAAUUGCUUCUAUAUAUGCAGUGCUUUUUGCAUUCAGCCUUGUAUGUACUUAGGCCAGGAAAAAUAUGUUGUAUUAACAUGUACCAGAUACCUGUUUAAUGAAAGACCCACUAUUUUGAAUUAGUCAAAAAUGUUUUCAUUACUGUAUACAAUUUUUGAAAAUGUGGUUUUAUAUACUUAUCAUUUCUCUAUAAUUGCCAUAAAUUACCCCCGAAAAGUGCAACAUUAUAUAAAUUUCAAAACACUAGUUUUGGUCCAAGGACAGAAGACUGUGAAAUGGACCCCAGGUUUUUUUUUUAUUGCUAGCUAAUUAUAGAGUGUUAAAGUGCCUUUUGCAUUUAUCAAGAAAUCAUUUUUAUGCCUGAGAAUGAAAGUUUAGUCAAUACAUGACCAUUCAAUGAAGGGAGGAUUCUUAUCAUGUUUGCUGAAACUUGUCAUUUCUUGUUACAGUAGAACACAGUUACAGUGAAUAUUCUUGAUAAUGAAUUUAUUCUUACAGCGAAGCGAUUUCCAUUCCCUUUGGUUUAAAGACAUAUUAUGACCUUAUUGGAUAUAAUGAAUUACAUCACAUCCCCAGCACUUCACUAAGGGUGAUUUACUGUAUAUAUAGAUAUAAAAUUCCCUAGCAUUGGAACAUUUGAAUUCAAUAUCAAUCCUUUAACUAGAUAAUACAUGAACAUAUUUUCCUAUGCAUUCCAGAUUACAAAAACCCAAACUUCUCUACACUGGAAAUUCAUAAUCUGUAUGACAGAUUUGUUUCAGUGUUUAGCUUCUUUUUCAUGUACUUUUGUGUAUUUAUGAAGAGUUAUUAAGCAACCAAAGCAUGUCUUCCAUAACCCUGUUUAAAAGCAGUUAAAAAAUUUAGAUUUCUCACAUCUUCCCUUCCUUGACAGGGACAUCAAUAUAUCCAUCUUCUUUGUCCUUCUGUUCAGCAGAUCUUCUCUGGCUAUAUCCUAUAUCUGUGGUGUUUUAACUGUGGCUUGUGUUGAAUUUUGUUUGUUUUUUUUUUAAAUCUUCAGCUUAUGUUGAUAUUUGAAUAAUGUUUGACAUUUACUUGGAAUUUAGAUUAUGUUAAUCUCUUAACUUCAGCUUACAUUGAUUUGGGAUUGUGUUCAUCUUUUAAUUCCAGUUCAUGUUAAUUUUGGAUUAUGUUAGUUUAAACUGUAUUUAUUUCAAAGAAACAAGAAUAUGCUUGAAUACAUAUCAUUUGAAUUGUUGAGAGUGGGAAACAAGUGCAUAUGCACUUAUAUUGUUGAUGUUGAUAUUUGAACUCAAGCUCACAUUCAGUUUGUUUUAUGUUGAUCUUUGACCAGAAAUCCUGUGACACACCUUAAUAUGAGCUUGACUUCUACGUCUAAUUAUUGAAUUUUUGGAUGUUUGUUUUUGUUGACUUCAGAACUUUCAUCUAGAGCCGUAUGGUUUGCCAUAUGGAUACAUCACUAUAAGAUGAAAAUACCUAUAACUUUGAGUUAAAGGUCAUACUAUUUAUUUUCAACACACCGUUUUUGUUUAGUAUGCAAGUUUGUGGUAAUUUGACGUUAGAUGCAUGACUGAAAACUGUUGUGUUGUGGGCUUUUACAACUUUUGCGACAAGGUCAAAUUAUUUGGGCAUAUAUCACAGUGAAGCUUUUAUGGACUAUCAUAUAUUUUCAUAUUUUGUUACAGACGUAAGAUACUUGGCAUGUAGAGGCUUCACUAGAAAAUAGUCACAUACCAUGGUGACCUUAUAACAUGACCUUGACCUUUGACACUCAUCAACAAAAGAUAUAGUUCAUCCAUGUGGGGAUUAUAUAUGACAGAGACUUGGUUCUAGUCCACUAAAACAGUUGUCACUAGUGUAGUGUACCAGUACUCUGUUUAAGUAAAUACUUAAGUAGUUACAGUCCACUAAAACAAUUGUCACUAGUGUAGUGUACCAGUACUCUGUAGUUACAGUCCACUGAAACAGUUGUCACUAUUGUUUAAUUAAAUACUUAAGUAGUUACAGUCCACUAAAACAGUUUUCACUAGUUGUUUAAAGAUAUAUUUAAGUAGUUAUAAUCCACUAAAACAGUUUUCACUAAUGUACCGGUACUUUGUUUAAGAGUAUAUUUUUAGUAAAAUAAAUGAACCCUUUAUUCUUGUACACAUUUCUGGUAAAGCACAAUAUGAUAGAAGGGUUUUUUAUUAUGGUGGUUCUGCUGCCUGUAAAAUUCCUGUAGCAGUUUUGAGAUGCUAUUAAAUUUGGCACCUUAAUUUUGUGAUACAGUACAACAUGUACUGAAUAUGAAUCAGAUUUGUGAUGUACAGCUAGUCAUAAUGUGAAGUGAUGAUGUCAUUUUCCAUAAUCACAGUGAUAAAAACACAAUACUGACAAGAAUGUCUGUAUACAGGGAAUAUAUUGAUCAAGGAAAACAAUUUUGCUCCUUGUCAAAUUUGUCUAGAUGCUUUUUAAAACUAGUUCUGCUACUUUAUAGCAGUGAGUAAGAUUUUAUUCAUACAUAUCUGUGAUGCCCAAUUUUAAAUUCAAGAGAAAAAUGGGUGAAAUAAAAAGAGGAAAGAAUUUCCUUAUAAUUUAACCAUAACUAUCACUGCAUAACGUAAAUGUGUCGUUAGUCUGAGAAUGGGUUGUUUAGUCACUUAUGAUAGAUUUCCUUGUUGAUGAAAUCGUUUACUAGUGUGGUGCAUUGCUAAUUUCACUUUGUCAAGUAAGUUGUUUAAACCUGUAUAGAAGUAAAUACAUGUUUAUUUUGUUUCUAUGAAAAUUGACAAGAAAUUUUUUAUUGUUAUUCACUGUCAAACAGUUCAAAUUUACCUCAUAAAAUUACUGGUAUACUGAAAAUACAUGGUGAAGUGUGUGUGAGGUGAUUUCAUAAUUGAUGAUUUCAAUAAGUUUUCUUCAGCAUGUGUCCAGCACUUUUUGUGGUCACUCCAGGUUUGUUGUUUUUUGGUCAGAGUGACAGUCACUGGGUUUUCUAUGUAUCCUUUCACAUACUGUGGAUUCUUUUUAAUUUGCGGGGGCCAAUGUUCAUGGGUAAGCAAAAUUUUGCUGGUUCGUGGGAACGUAAUUUCGUGGGUAAGCGAUAUGAUGUCACUAGGAGAGAUAACUACUUAAUAUAAGAAUGUCCGAGGACACAUAAAUUCAUGGGUAAGAGUGACCCACGAAAUCCACGAACAUCAAUCCCCCACGAACAAUGAGGAUUCCACAGUACUUUACGUUUCCAGUAUGCAUUUUGUUACUCCAGAUUUAGAAAUUUUUCAGUUUACAUUAUUAUUUUCUUCGUAUAACGGUAUUUAAUUGCAAGGUUCUGGCAGCUGUCCAGGAUAAUUCUAGUACACGAAUAUUCAUUGAAGAAGUGUAUAUGAAGUGCAUGAAUAUUCAUUAAAGAAGGGUAUUUGAUGUGUGAAAUAUCUUGUAAAAUUGUUGAGAUUUGGAAAUGUUGUAGUUUGAAAUCAUGAAAAUAAUACCAAUAUUAUACUGUUUCUUGUAAUUUGAUGUUAGAAAUGGUGUACUUUGUGGUCAACUGUUACUGUGAUAGAAACAAUUGGGGUAAUAUUUCUUAGGAAUCAAUUCUUUUCAUGUUACUUAUUUUUAUGAUAUACAUGAUUCAAUUAGGUGUCAAGAUCAGUGAGACUAUAAUAUAUAAUUAUUUACUGAUACUAUGACAAUGAUUCUAGUUUAGAAACCCACUUUCAUUUGAAAAUCACCAAUCUGAAAAGUCAUCGUGAUGACUAAUAUUCACAGGUGAACCAACAUGUAUAUGCCUCAUGUGUGGACAAAAUCAGUCAUUUUCAAUGAUAUAUUCCUGUGAGAAAAGUGGUUCUUGCGAAUCUCGCUUAUAAUAAAGUUGGAUUACAGCAAUUUUUUUUCUCCUAGUCCAUCCAUCCAUCCAUUGAAAUUCAAGUGUUUUAACACACUUCAUCGGAACUAAAUCUGAACUUUUUGUAUAGAAGUGGUGGGUUUAGGUGAUGUAACAUUUUGUGGUAGCUCCUGAUUGGAAAGAAUGCUGACCACCUCGGGGAUUGGGGGUUGGGUUGUUUAGUUGAUGGGUCCCAUUUUAUCUUGAUAGCACCUUCAUUAUAACGUUACAUGUGUACACGCUGUUAUUCAAUCGACAUGUUUUUUUAUGGGGAUUUUCAUUCGGUUAUACUCUUAAUGUAUGUUUUACUUAAUUAUUUGUGUUAGAGUUAUGACAUAAGUAGAUUCUGUAAUAUACUAUGUUUUUGUGUGAAGAUCUAUAAUUAAAACAAAAUAACCAUU